GUGGGUACAUAGCUGCUCUAAACAACUGAAGAAAUGGCUGUCGUGAGUGGAACGUUACGUAUGGUGUCGGAGGAGGAGCAGGCUCUCAGGGCCAAGCUGGAGCGCCUCACGGUCAAGGACCACGGUCCCGUGUUCGGACCCUGCGCCAAGCUGCCUGACCACACCGUGCAGAAUGCCAAGGAUGAGCUGAAUGAGACAGACGAGAAGCGGGUGUUGGCGGUCAAGGAGCUGAGGGGAAUAAUCAAGGAGAAGGCGGAUGCUGGGGAUGACCUGGCCAAGGGGGUGCUGGAAACCUUCGGAGAGAAGCCUGACGGCAUGCUGGUCCGUUUCAUCCGCGCCAGGAAAUACGACGUGCCCCGAGCCUUUGACCUCAUGAAGGGUUACGUGCGCUUCAGGAGGGACUACCCAGAGCUGUUCGAGAACCUGACCCCAGAGGCUGUCCGCAGCACCAUCGAGGCCGGCCACCCAGGCAUCCUGUCCAGCAGAGACAAGUACGGCCGCAUCGUGCUUCUCUUCAACAUCGAGAACUGGGACUACGAAGAGAUCACCUUCGACGAGAUCCUGCGUGCCUACUGUGUCACCCUGGAGAAAUUGCUAGAGAACGAGGAGACUCAGAUCAACGGUUUCUGCAUCAUUGAGAACUUCAAGGGCUUCACCAUGCAGCAGGCUUCUGGCAUCAAACCCACUGAGCUCAAGAAGAUGGUGGACAUGUUGCAGGACUCCUUCCCUGCCUGUUUCAAGGCGGUCCAUUUCAUCCACCAGCCCUGGUACUUCACCACCACCUAUAAUGUGGUUAAGCCACUCAUGAAGGACAAGCUGCUGGAGAGAGUGUUUGUCCACGGAGACGAGCUGGACAACUACUACAAGGAGUUUGAUGCCGACAUCCUGCCCUCUGAGUUCGACUGCAAGAACUCCAAGUACGAUGGCAAAGCCAUAGCAACCAAACUGUUCGACUGAACACCCCCUCCUCCCAAUCCGCCACCACUCCAACCAGACUAGGACCCCCACAAAAACACUGACAGAAACUAUUAAAAAAACAUAGGAGUAUGGCUUUAGAAAAUAAUGUGAAAGAUGGGAGUGGUACUGGACUGUUGUUGUUUUCCAGGAGUUAUUAAGUAUUAAGAAUGAAACACUUAACACAGCACUCCCAACAGCACAGAGAAAACCACAUAACCUUGGUUCAAGCCUUACCUGAGUUACAGCCCUAACCAUUGAGCUUUUCUUUGUGAAAAUGCAUGUUUUUUUGUUUGUAUUAUCUUUUACCAGAUCUAAUGUGUUAUAUUCUCCUA